AGAAAAGAAGAAGAAGAUGUCUUCGCUAGCAUCCUAGCAUCAUAUCGAAAUAUUUAUAAAUAAUAAGAGAUGUUCAGUGCUUUACAGAUUGUCAAUUUAUGUGAGUUAUAGACCAUAUAGCCAUGGAUGCUAUUAAAAACGAAAUGUCUGAAUUCAUAAUUGAUCAUCCCGAAUCAUACUGCCGUUUCUGUUACUUAAAUAAAGACUUGCAGUCUAUUUUUCCUUCGAAUGGGGAAGCAAACCUUCGCAUAAUUGUUCUACUGCAAGAUCUAGUUAAUAUUACUCUAACCAUAGAUCAAGACUUUCCUUCAGCGAUCUGCAAUCAAUGUUUGCUAAAAUUGGAGGAGUUUGAAACAUUUCGCACAAAAUGUAGGAUUUUUAGCGAACAAAUAAGAGCAAAGCGGCAGCAAAAUAUGGACCGAAUUCUGUCUAUUGUUAAAAAUGAGUCCAUCGAUUCCGAUUGUGAAGAACGCCGCCAGCCGUUAUGUUUUGAUGAAUCUUUUGCUAAAACCGAACUAGAGCUAGAAUGUGUAACCGAAGCAUUUGUUAAAAACGAACCAUAUAUAGAAAAUGAGCUUUCUUUGAGUUCAAGUAGUCCUGCGCCUCAAACAAAGAAUAAAAUACGUAAAACAGGAAAAUCCAUAAUCGCAAGGAUGAAAAAGAAAAGCGUUACUGAUUUAAAACGGGACAAACGUAAGAACGAGCAUAAAGACUAUCGGUGUAAGAUUUGCGAUCAAUUCUUUAUCAACAAGGAAAGCAUUAAUUUUCAUCUAAAAAAACACAUGGACACAGUGAACUUGCGAUGUUGCUACUGCUCAAAGACGUUUUCAUCUACUUAUGCGUUGUCUCAGCACGCCAUUACUAGCUAUAUCUUGAAAUCGUUCCCGUGUCAGUAUUGCGACAUCUAUUUUCCAACUAAAGAGAAACUGUUUGCACACGAAUUCUAUUGUGACAAAGAUGUUCCCGAGAAUGAGUCGCAAGCUGAUCGCAAUAUUACCAAAGCAGAGAAAUGUUCCCUUUGUCCAUCGAAAAGUUUCGAUACAUUGCAUAGCCUGCAAGCUCAUAUGACACUGCACGAGGCGAAAUUCAAUUGCGAAAAGUGUGGGGUUGAUUUGCCUUCAGCUGUGCUUUUAGAAAGGCAUUACGAACGAUAUCAUUCUCAAGGGGCAAAGCUGAUAGCUUCUACUGUUACUUGUGAACCCUGCCAGCGAACAUUCAUAGAUGCCAGCGCCUAUCGAAGCCAUCACACAAGAUUUCACGACGAUCAGCAGCAUUCAGUAUCCCGUAAGCUGGACGAAGAUAAGCCGUAUGAGUGUGAUAACUGUCAGAAACGAUUCUGGUCAAUAAACACAAUACGCUAUCACGUGCUUGUUCAUCGUCAAUACCGUGAUUGUAAUCUUUGCACAGAGAGCUUUCGCUCGAAAAAGGAGUUGCGCGAUCACAAAUUGUUCUAUCAUCCUGUAGCUUGUGAGUUUUGUUCCCGAACUUUUUACUCCGAAAUGGCUUGCCGGUCUCAUUGCAACAUGAUCCACGGAAUGGUACAAGUCAGGCAACUGGCCCGUGAUACUGGUAGGGUGUGCUUUUCCUGGCGGAAGAUUUCCUAUAAAUGUGCAACAUGUGAAUUAGAGUACGACAAAUUUCAAAUGCUGAAAAACCACUAUUCGAAAAUGCAUUCUAAAUCCAAGCUUAUGAUCAAAUGCACUUACUGCAAUAAAAAUAGUGCAUCUAGAAUAGGGUACGUAGGACAUUUGAUCGGAAACUGUGGUCAAACACCGAAGAAGUUAAGGACCGGAUCAACGAAAAUAUAGUAGUGUGAGCAUGACUGUUAAGCCAUCUGAAAUCUACAGAACAAGCUUGUAUGAAUAGGUUUUUUUUUUAAAUUCUAUCUAUAAUGGGAUUAUUAUGGGAAAAAAAUUUACUUGCUGCUACCUGGCGUAAUAAUUUUAAACGUUUAGGGGAUAUUGACAACAGUACGUUAACAGUAUACAGAGAGUAUUAGAGAUAGAACCGAAUUCUAUACGAAUUGUUGAAAACAUUUUAUUCGUAAUUGAUUUAUAAGUAAAUGCAUGUGAAGAAGAAAUAUUUGAAUGAAGGCACUCAUGAAUAGCUAAAA